ACCAGCUGACCAGCAUCUAGAACCUGACCAAGAUUGUUUGCGUUCUUCUGAACUGAUUUUUCAGAAUUUAAACUGAUUUCUAAAACAAGAUCUUUAAUUUAACGUCUUGAAAUUACAAUUUAAGCAUCGAGAACACUGUUAGACGACAAUCGGAGCGAAAAAAUGUUGCUGUCAAAGCCAGUGCGUAAUUUAGGCAUUCGUUGCAUUCCACUGCUCCGUCGCCAGAAUGCGAUCCGAUUGAGCGCCUCAGGAGACCUGCAGACAUCCCCUUGCUCUUCGUCAUCUUCUGAUGCUCGAGAGCGGCAGAAAGCGUCCUUUGGCCGCCGUCUGGCCGGCACAGCGGGCAUGUUCGCCGCUGGGGUCGGCCUGGGCAUGGCCUGGACCCAGUUGAGCGACAACGGCAUCCUGCCCAGGGUCGAAGCCGCUUCACCGACGACCGAAACCGAGAGCAUCAGCAGAAGAAAGACGAAUAAUUUCAUAUCAGAUGUAGUGAAAUCUUGCAGUCCCGGCGUUGUUUACAUAGAAAUCCGUGAUGGACGGUACAACAGAAUGACGUCCAACGGAUCAGGUUUUGUCGUGUCUAGUGACGGGCUGAUCAUGACGAACGCACAUGUCGUGUCCAGCAGGAUAAAAAACACCGUCAUUAUCAAACUGCAUGACGGCACCUCAGUGGUUGGCCAAAUUGAGUGUCUAGACAUGCCCGCGGAUUUGGCGCUUGUCCGAAUUCCAGUCAAAAACCUAACACCAAUGAAGCUUGGCGUGUCCAACGACCUCGAGGCUGGCGAGUGGGUUGUCGCAAUCGGCAGCCCCCUUGCGCUGUCCAACACUGUCACUGCAGGAGUGAUCAGCACUAUUGGCAGAACGAGCUUAGAGCUCGGUCUCCAAGGCAACGGAAUGGAGUAUAUUCAGACUGACGCCUCAAUCACGUUCGGCAACUCCGGAGGACCCUUGGUGAACCUUGACGGAGAGGUGAUUGGAAUCAACACAAUGAAAAUCGCGUCUGGAAUAUCUUUCGCCAUUCCGAUCGACUACGCCAAGGAGUUCCUGCAGAAGCACUUGAAUGGAUUGCAGGACAAAGGAACCAAUGAAUUGAAAAAAAGGAGGCACAUAGGCAUCACUAUGGUCACCAUUACUCCGGAGCUGCGAUACGAAAUGACCCAGCGAAACAUGAUCUCGCUCUCCGAUGAUGUGACUGGAGUGUUUGUCGUCAAAGUCGUCGUUGGCUCACCUGCACACAAGGGAGGACUGCGUCCUGGAGAUGUCGUGACACACAUCAAUGGACAACAAGUGAAAAACGUGCAGGACAUUUUCAAGUGUUUAGAUAGCAACCAGUCAUUGAAAGUUUUAGUAAAGCGAGGAACGGCAAAUCUCGACUUUGAAGUUGUUCCUGAAGACUAAAGCAACACCGGAAAGAUGUGACGACGUGAGAGAUCUAAUUUUAAAUUUAUGUGAUUGCCCUUGAUAUUUUCCCAAACGAGCGGUACAAGUACACUGAUUUUUUGCGGUUUUUACCAGCUUUGUGCACUCCUUUGAUACACCUUAAAGUAAUUAUUUCUUGUAUCCUUAUAUUUGUGGUGUCAUCAACAAUUUCGGAUAUUAAUCGCGCCAUUUGAGGGUAUGUUUUUAUAGAAAUAACGACUUUCAUUUGGUGAGUUCAAUGACAAUAAAAAUUUGCAACAUUUAUAAAGCCUCUCAGCCCUCUCCGAUAAAGCUGUUUCGAAUCUGUGUCCUGCAAAAAAAUAAUCUGCAAGAAACCCAGUAAUUCCCUUUACCAUGUAGAUAUGACAAAGACAAAACCCUGCAUGAAAUGUAAUGUUUUGUACAAAAAUUUAGUCAAGAAAAAUUAAUUAAAAGCUUUCUUUCCAUCCUGAGUAAAAA